AGCAGCUGCCGCUCAGACAGACGACUCCACAACUAAGGAUAUAACAGCGCAGUGCCGGGACAGCAGCCUCCAGACCCCCUGCUGUUUCUCUGGAGCAUUAACCUACCCGGUUGAGCUUCCCAAGAUGGACCUGAGGGUGACAAGCGUUCUUCUCGUCCUCCUAGCUUUGGCUGAGGCGACCCCUGAUAGGUACUACCAUGUGCCAAAAGUGAACAAGGGGCCCUAUCCCGUCAAGAGUCAAGCCGUUGAAGGCCAGCCAGGUCCUUCAGGGCCUCCAGGUGAGCCAGGACCAAUGGGACCACCUGGACCUUCUGGGAUGAGUGGUACAGGAUAUACAGGACCACAAGGCCCAGCAGGACCUCCUGGACCCAAAGGCUACUCUCAACCAGGUAAACCUGGUGCUCCAGGGGGCUCUGGAAAACCAGGUACCCCUGGCAUCCCCGGUCAUAAAGGUGAACCUGGCCAAACUGGACCAAUGGGUGCCAGAGGUUCACCUGGUCCACAUGGAACACCUGGACCUGCUGGAAUUUCUUCUGCUGGAAAACCUGGACAAGGUGGCAUGCCUGGGGCAAUGGGACAGAGAGGAGAGUCUGGUUUAAAGGGACAUCCUGGUAUUCCUGGUCUUCCUGGCAACAAAGGAGAGAGAGGCAUUGGAGUUCCUGGGGUCCAAGGACCACCAGGCACGGUUGGACCAAUGGGCCCAUCUGGAAUGCCUGGCAAAUCUGGAGUUGGUAAACCUGGUGCCACUGGCUAUCCUGGAGAACCUGGCAAGAGUGGCACACCUGGAAGAGACGGCACUUCUGGGCCAAUGGGUAUGCAAGGCCCUAAGGGUCAUACUGGGGCUCCAGGUAUAGGAGCACCAGGGAAAUCAGGCCAGAAUGGUACCCCAGGUACGCAUGGACCUAUGGGUGCUAAAGGUCCACAGGGUCCAGCCGGUCAGCCAGGAUCCCCUGGCAUGCCAGGUGUUGGCAAAACGGGCGAAUCUGGAAUACCAGGUAGCAGAGGAUCCCCCGGUACAUCCGGAACCACUGGACAGAAAGGAGAGCCAGGCCCAACUGGUUUUACUGGUCAGCCAGGUGCUCCUGGUCAAAUGGGCCCAGCUGGUCCACAAGGUUCAAGAGGAUUCCAGGGUGAGGGAGGCCCAGCAGGGCCUAAGGGCGACAUUGGUAUGGUUGGCGCACCAGGCCCAAGAGGAACCAAGGGUGAACAGGGAGCUCAGGGUUUCACUGGUAAACCAGGUUCCCCAGGUGCAGUAGGUCCUGCAGGACUUCCAGGGCAUAAUGGUCUUCAGGGUCCAAAGGGUGCACAAGGCCAUGGAGGUGCACCAGGAGUCCCAGGCUCAAAUGGUGCCCCAGGACCAAAAGGACACACAGGACCUGCAGGAGGACCAGGAAAAAGUGGUGAUAAUGGAAGACCAGGAUCCAAUGGACCAGUUGGGCCCAGCGGUCCGUCAGGUCUUCCUGGACUUAAGGGUCAUUCUGGCCUUCCAGGCCCACCUGGCCCAGCUGGCAUGACAGCUAAGGGAAUUUCUGGUCCUCAGGGUCCAUCUGGAAUUCCAGGUGCCAGAGGUCAAGAUGGUCAUCCAGGCCCAGGCGGUCCUCCUGGUCCACCUGGCCCACCAGGAGAGAUGAUGUACCACCAUGAGAAGAGCAUGCCAAUCAAGUCCCAUGAGGUUGUGAUGUCCCAUGAGAUGAUGAAGGCCCCAAUGUCCGCUUUCAGUGCUGUGCUGACCAGAGCCUACCCCCCAGCUGCAACCCCUAUUCAGUUCGAUCAGAUUGUUUACAAUGGGGAGAACCAUUAUGACCAGCACAGUGGUGUGUUUACCUGCCAGGUCCCCGGCCUCUACUAUUUCAGCUAUCAUAUGCAUGUCAAUGGUGCUAAUGCAUUGGUGGCCCUCUACAAAAACGAGGAGCCAGUUAUUUUCAGCUAUGAUGAGUACAACAAAGGUUUCCUGGAUCAGAUGUCAGGCAGUACUGUUCUAAUGCUGCAUGGUGGUGACAGAGUCUAUGUUCAGGUCCCUGAUGAGGAGAGUAAUGGCAUAUUUGCAGCGGAUAAUGUUCACUGCUCUUUCUCUGGGUUCUUGAUUGCCUCCACGUGAUUUCAUUAAUUCAAAUACAUCUCAAAACCUUUCAAAACAUUAACAACUCGAGCAACAGAUCAGUAUAUAAAAUCACAAAUGUAGUUUUAAAAAAUAUAUAUGGUGCUAAUUUUCAAGUUUCACUGCCUCAUAAAGAUCUUUACAAAAAAAUACUUUAAUUUGCAAAAUAAUUUAUCAAUUGACAGACCUGGAGUAAAAUCUUUAAAAGGAUGGUUAAAAAUGAUCCCUUUUCCCAAGUUAACCAUGUGUGUGCCUUUGCCAUUUUUAGAAACAUGAAACAAUAUUGGAAGAUAUGUUAAGUGUUGCUUUACAACUGCCUGUAGCAUUUACAGCACGUCUUUUAUUUGUAUUUGUUUUUAUUAAUGUCUGAUGUUUAAGACUUUUUCUGUAAUAUACAAAUACUAGACAUGCAAAACUGUUGUAUUAAAUGUUAUUCGAGAUCAGCACAUUCUCACAAGCACUGUGACCAGCAAACCAACACAGCAUGAGAAUCUCAAACUGCAUUUUUUUUCAAAGCAAUAAUGUCCCAUUGGAUGUGUUAAGUUAUGUACCACUUGUUGACCAAAACACAGAAUAAAACUUCUAGUUUGAAAAA